AUGACUGCCGUUAUUGGACUUCCCAAUGGUGCUUUAAAACUAGUAUCAUUACAACCACCUAAAAUAUUAGCAACAAGCAAGGCUAUCACAAAAACACCAUCCACUGUUAAUUUCAUUGAAUUUGAUCCAAGUAUUCCAGAGUCAUAUAGAUACAGUACCGGUUCAGUUAUUAUAGCACUGUCACAUUCGCCAGUUUUAUAUAAAAUUAGUAUUGAUCCAUAUACUAUUGAAAAAUUUCCAUUACCUUCAAAACAUCCAAUUGUGAUGAUGAAGUUAAAUGCUAGUCAAUCUAGUUUGAUGUAUUCUAGUCAUAUAGAAGUCAACUACAAACCAAUUGGUCAACAAGCCUUACUUGUGUUACAAGGAGAUGGGACUUUAACUAAAAUUUUAAAUAAUAAAAUUGAGUGGAGUAUUAAAUUAAAAAAAUGGGAUCUUAGAACAGAAGAAUUGAUUGAGCCUUUAUUAAUUGAUGAAGAGUCAAGCGAAAGUAGUGAAGAAGAUGAUAACAAGUUUGAUGAUAUUAAAGAUAUCAAUAUUGAUGAUAUAAUUGAAGAUGUUGUAGACAUAGAUACAAAUAAACAAGAAGAAGUAGAUGACAAUACGAAGAAAGAUGAACAACAAGAUGUUAAUAAUGAAGAAAUUAAAAAAGAAGAAAAAUUAGGAGGUAAUAAUACGAUUGAACAACAAGACGACAACAAUGACGAUAAUGAAAAAAAAGAAAAUAAAGAAGAAGAAUUACCACAAAUUAUUAAGAAAAAGAAAUACAUUAUCCCUACAGAAAUUAAAGGGUUAUAUGGUAUUUUUGGAUUAGGUGAUGGAUUUGUUAUUGGAUCAAAUAAAAAUGCUCUUCCAAUAAGGAGAUAUACUUUUUCAAAUGAAGUUCAAAGUUCACCACCAUGUGAUUUAAAGCAUAUUUCAAUUUGUGUUAUUGAUGAAGAAAUAUUUUUAGGAUGUAGUAAUGGUAUGAUUCAAAGAUAUUCAUUUGAGAGUAGAAAAAGGGCAAUACUAUCUCAUUACAAGAAGGUAUAUAAACCAGAUGACCUUGCUCAUCCAGUUGAAAGGAUGGAUAAACGUGAAGAGGUACAUCCAAUGAUUACUGUUCAAUUGUCUUCAUUCCCUAUUAUUUCCAUUUGCCCUAUUCCUAAUUCACGAUUAAUAGCUUGUGGAACAAGUGCAGGAAGGGUUUAUCUUUUUAAUACCAUUACAAAUACAGUUGUAUGUUGUUUGAAAGGUCCUCAAGGCAGUGUUCGUUUAUCUUCAGUUCAUAACUAUUUGGUUGGAAUUUCUUUAGAUAGAUGGAUGUAUGUAUGGGAUCCAAUCAAAAAAGUUCCUAUUUCUAAGACUUAUCUUCAUGGUCUUCCAAAUGCUUUAGUUCUUCAUUAA